AAAGGUGCUAAGGUUCUAGAUUCAAACAAGGAGGCUAAGGGUGCUUCUGGCAUCUUAGAUAAAGACGAGGACAAGUAUCUUCGCAAUCCAUGCUCAGUAGAGGAUAAGUAUGUCAUUGUAGAACUUUCAGAGGAAACUUUAGUGGAUACAAUUGAGAUUGGGAACUUCGAACACUACUCUUCCAACUUAAAAGAUUUUGAACUAUACAGCAGUUUAAUUUAUCCAACAAAUAGUUGGGUUAAACUUGGGAAUUUCACGGCUCAAAAUGUGAAGCAUGCACAAAGGUUCUCUCUUUCUGAGCCUAAGUGGGCAAGAUACCUGAAACUGAAUAUGGUGAGUCAUUAUGGUUCAGAAUUCUAUUGUACAUUGAGUGUCGUUGAGGUAUAUGGAGUGGAUGCUGUCGAAAGGAUGCUUGAGGAUCUAAUCUCAGUUGAGACCAAACGGUCAGAAACAAUAGAACAAAGCAACGGGAGGAAGCUGCUACAAGAACCUAGUAAUGGAGAUGAUAUCUAUCAGGAUUCUUUUACGGAGGUCAAUAACGAACUUCCACAUGAAAGCUCAAAGUCAAAAAAGGAGAUUCAAAAGACUAUCGUGUCUGAUCCGGUUUUAGAGAUCAGAUCACCACAGGUUGGAAGAAUGCCUGGGGACGCUGUUCUGAAGAUACUGCUGCAGAAGGUGCAGUCUCUUGACUUGAAUUUCUCUGUUUUGGAGAGGUACCUGGAGGAACUGAAUAACAGAUAUGCACAUAUCUUGAGUGAUUUUGAUACUGAUAUGUCUAAUAAGGAUAUAGUCUUGGAAAAUAUCAGAUUAGAAAUAAAGAAUCUUCAGGACAACAAGAACAUCUUUGUUAAAGAAAUUGAAGAACUCCACUCGUGGAAAUCCUUAUUUUCCUUACAGUUGGAGCAAUUGACCAAAGACAAUAUAAUGAUCAGAUCAGAGUUUCAAAGAGUUCGAGAUCAUCAGGUGGACAUGGAGAACAGGGAUUUUGUAGUGAUAUUUAUGAGUUUCAUCUUUGGCAGUUUGGCGGCUGCUAAAUUGUUUAUAGGUGUAUUCUUAAGCAUUUUUAGAACGCAAAAUUAUGUACAAUUUUAUCAAACAAACUCUGCUUGGUUUUUCUUGCUGCUGAGCAGUAGCAUUAUAGCAUUUGUUCUUGUAUUAUAGUGGAAUCAAAAAAAAAAAAAAAAUUUGGUGUGGUAUAAUAGGUUCAAUAUAUUCAAUGUAUCAAUGUACUAUGGCCGCGGCAAGUUUGCACUGUGAAAUAGAAUGUCACAAUAAUCAUGUGGAUCCUGGAGUAUCGGCUUUUAAAACUACCGGAC